AUGAAGAAAACUUUGAUUCAAGAACUGACGGCGCUGCUGGAGAGGCAGACGGAGAGAGCCGCCGAGGCCGACAAGCGCCUGGAGCGUUUGGAGAGGCUGCUGUACAGAGAGCCCUCCGCGGGGACCGGAACGGGCACGACGGCCGGAGUGUCAGAGUCGGGGGCUGAGCGAGGCGCUGAUGAAUCCGUUGGACCAGCUGCCGCCGCCCGCCGGACUGUCUGCCUGCCGGCGUCGGCGACUCCGGCCCCGCACCUGAAGUCGACCUCGACGUGCAAAGCCCGUGUCGAGUGCAGUGUGCGCGACAGUGAGACAAGAGCGGUGAGCAGGCUGGAGGACUCUGAGCCGACGCUCAGACACGCCGUGACAGUGGGGGAAACGUGGAGUGCCCAUGCCACGUGCCAAGACCUCUGCGGCACCAAGGGACAUUUCGUGGCCCACCUGCCGGCCUACAAGAGGGGCCGCAGGCGGCCGAGUGUCGCCCAUGCCGCCGCCGAAACAUCUCGUCAGUUUCUUGAGCGUUGCCCUACCUGUGGUCGUCGCCAGCACGCCGGCGGAGACACGUGUCGCGCCGCUGGCGCCAUCUGUCGUGCGUGUGGCGAACCAGGACAUUUUGAGGUGGUAUGCCACCAGAGGGCGAGCACCACGGCCGAUCGUCCAGUGGCGACAUCUGCAGUGACGAGAGUACGAGACUCUCCGGGGGUGGCGCUAGUAGCGGUAGCCGCCGGCACCGCCGUGUCACCGCCGCCGGCGGACACGGGCCCAGCCGGGCACACUGCGCUGCAGCCCACGGAGCUGAGUGACGCUGCUGACGUCCACGGAGCCUCGCCGCCGCCGGCGGGGGGCUGGCCAACGCAGACAACGGACAGCAAUGAAGCCCCGGACAACGCCGUGUCACCGCCGCCGGCGGACACGGGCCGAAUCGGAUGUGCUGCGGAGCAGCCCACAGAGCCGGACGGAGCUACGGGCGCCUACGGAGCCUCGCCGCCGCCGGCGGGAGGCAUUCCAACGUGCAGCACGGACGGAGUGUACGGAGCCUCGCCGCCGCCGCCUACAGAGCCGGCUGACGCCCACGGAGCUUCGCCGUCGCUGACGGGAAGCCUUCCCACGCGGACCAGCCAUGGAAACGAAGCCGCUGGUGACGCCGUGUUGCCGCCGCCGGCGGACACGGGCCAACCCGGGGCCACUGCGGUGCAGCCUGCAGGCCCGGAUGCAGCGGCUGUAGCUUACGGAGCCUCGCCGCCGCCGGCGGGAGGCCUACAAACGCUGAGCACGGGCCGAGGUGCAGCUGCCGGCCCCGCCGUGUCACCGCCGACGGCGGACACUGGCCAGAUUGGGUGCACCGCAGCGCAGUCUACCAGGCCGGCUGCCGCCUACGGAGCCUCGCCGCCGCCGGCGGGAGGCCUACCCACGCGGACCAGGGACGGAGGUACAGCCGCCGGCUACGCCGUGUCGCCGCUGCCGGGGGACACCAGCCAAGCCGACUGUUGUGCGGCACAGCCCACCGAGCUGAGUAAGACUACUGACGUCUACGGAGCCUCGCCGCCGCCGGCGGGAGGCAUGCCAACUCGAAGCACGGAUGGGGGCCCAGCCGCCAGCACCGCCGAGUCGCCGCCGCCGGCGGGCACCGGCCAAGCCGGCUGUAGUCAUGCGGCGCAGCCUACCGAGCUGGCUGACGCCUACGGAGCCUCGCCGCCGCCGGCGGGAGGCCUGCCAGUACGGAGUGGGGACGGAGACCCGCCCGAACAAAUGGUAGCGGCUCACGCCGCCGCGCAGCUCCUCCAUACGCCGCAGAGAUGCGUGUCCGCCGGUGACAAGUCCGACCGGCGCGGUGACACGAACCUCGGUGACACCACCCUCCACUCGGUCGAGGUGGUGGAUGACCUGCUCGGUCCGACCGUCGAUGACGAGGUGUGGGAGGACGCUGAGGACCCGCUUCACGCAGCUGCCGUCGCAGCUAUGCUCGCUGAGCGGGAUACGGAGUGCGACUCGCGUCUGCCGCCGCUCGUGGCCCCGAGUCUAAGGGUGACCAGAGCCGCCGCUGACCGCGACCCGUGGCCGCUACCGACACCAGAGCGACGCCUGCCGCGGACCUCCCCGUGCGACGGCGGGCGCGUCCGCUGCAAGAAGCGCCCGAGACGCCGCGGAAGAGAGCGAAGGCGCCGCCGUCUGCACCGCGCUGCGGUGGCCUUGUGCGCCCGGACCCCGGAGGGUCCGCUGUGGCGCCUUGGAGUGAAGACGAUGUGA